AUGGCGCCGACGUCUCCAGGACGUCGCGGUAUGGUUAAAGUUACACGCGAAAACCUGCACAAGGGCGCGCCCUAUGCGCCGUUGCUAGAGCCUAAAUUUCAAAAGGCGGGUCGCAAUAAUAAUGGACAUAUCACUGUGCGUCAUAAAGGUGGUGGUCAUAAACACCAUUAUCGUGUAGUAGAUUUUUUGCGCAAUAAAGAUGCCAUUGCUGCCAAAGUAGAGCGCAUUGAAUAUGAUCCCAAUCGUAGUGCGCAUAUCGCUUUGGUAUGCUAUGCCGAUGGCGAGCGCCGCUAUAUCAUAGCGCCGCGUGGUGUAGCGGUAGGCUCUGUAUUGAUGAAUGGCCCUGAAGCGCCUAUAAAGCCAGGCAAUACAUUGCCCAUACGCAAUAUUCCUGUGGGCUCCACUAUUCAUUGCGUGGAGCUAUUGGUCGGAAAAGGAGCGCAGAUAUGUCGCUCUGCUGGCACCUCUGCUACUUUGCUGGCGCGCGAGGGCGUGUAUGCACAAGUGCGUUUGCGCUCUGGCGAAGUUCGUAAGGUCAACAUUGAUUGCCGCGCAACGCUUGGCGAAGUUUCAAACGAAGAGCAUUCGCUACGCCGCUUAGGUAAAGCGGGAGUUAAGCGCAAUAUGGGCAUACGCCCAACUGUACGUGGCGUUGCCAUGAACCCGAUUGACCAUCCACAC